UUCAUGGAUCUCAAUAGCGCCAGUAGCAUUGUUCUUCAGGUCUUGACCCAAGCCACCAGUCAAGAUACCGUUGUGCUGAAACCAGCCGAGGAACAACUGAAACAGUGGGAGACACAACCAGGGUUCUAUUCAGUAUUGUUGAAUAUCUUCACAAAUCACACCUUGGAUGUAAAUGUGAGGUGGUUAGCUGUGCUUUACUUCAAAAAUGGAAUUGACCGCUAUUGGAGACGUGUGGCACCACAUGCUCUUUCAGAAGAGGAGAAAUCCACAUUACGUGCAGGGCUUAUUGCCAAUUUCAAUGAGCCAAUAAAUCAGAUUGCCACCCAGAUUUCUGUGUUGAUUGCCAAAGUCGCGAGGCUGGAUUGCCCUAGGCAGUGGCCGGAACUUAUUCCCAUUCUUGUCGAAUCUGUUAAAAUUCAAGAUGAUCUCCGACAGCACAGAGCUCUACUUACCUUCUACCAUGUCACAAAGACUUUGGCAUCUAAACGGCUUGCUGCAGAUAGAAAACUUUUCUAUGAUUUAGCUUCUGGAAUUUACAGCUUUACCUGUUCCCUGUGGAAUCACCAUACAGAUACAUUCCUUCAACAGAUUUGUACUAAAGAUGAAACUGCUACGAGGAACUCGCUAGAAAGAACUCUUUUAUCACUGAAAGUGCUUCGUAAAUUGACUGUUCAUGGGUUUGUGGAACCUCAUCGGAACGUAGAGGUGAUGGCAUUUCUCCAUGCAGUAUUUGAGCGGCUGAAACAAUUUUUGGAGUGUAGUAAAAGUGUAGAAGCAGAUCAUGUCUGCAGAGAUUGCCUAGAAAAGACUAUAAUUCUUUUUACUAAAGUGCUUUUAGACUUCUUGGACCAGCAUCCUUUUUCAUUCACCCCUCUAAUUCAGAGAUCAUUGGAAUUUGCUGUCAGCUAUGUUUUCACAGAGGCCGGCAAAGGAAUUGUGUUUGAGCGAUUUAUUGUCCAGUGCAUGAAUCUGAUUAAGAUGAUAGUCAAAAAUUAUGCUUACAAGCCGUCCAAAAAUGUGGAAGAUAGCAGCCCUGAAACUCUUGAAGCUCAUAAGAUAAAGGUGUCAUUCUUCACAUACCCAACAUUAACAGAGAUAUGCAGGCGGUUGGUCACUCAGUAUUUCCUGUUAACUGAGGAAGAGCUAACAAUGUGGGAAGAGGACCCAGAAGGCUUUACUGUGGAAGAGACGGGUGGAGAUUCUUGGAAAUAUAGUCUCAGGCCAUGCACAGAAGUGCUCUUCAUUGAUAUUUUUCACGAAUACAAUCAGACUCUCACUCCAGUUCUGCUAGAAAUGGUUCAUACUCUACAAGGUCCCACUAACAUGGAUGAUACCCAAACUCUGCUGAUUAAAGAUGCUGUGUACAAUGCAGUUGGACUGGCAGCGUAUGAGCUAUUUGACAGUGUGGAUUUCGAUCAGUGGUUCAGAAACCAGCUGCUAGUGGAAUUGCAAAUCACUCAUAACAGGUAUAAACCAAUCCGUCGGCGAGUGAUCUGGCUAAUUGGACAGUGGAUUUCUGUGAAAUUCAAGUCUGACAUGAGACCAAUGCUGUAUGAAGCAAUUUGUAAUUUGCUUCAAGACCAAGACUUAGUGGUCCGUAUUGAGACAGCCACAACUCUGAAACUAACUGUGGAUGACUUCGAGUUUAGGACUGAUCAGUUUCUACCAUAUCUGGAAUCUGUGUUUACCCUGCUCUUUCAGCUUCUUCAAGAAGUUAGAGAAUGUGACACAAAGAUGCAAGUUCUUCAUGUUCUGUCUUGUGUAAUCGAAAGAGUCAACGUGCAAAUAAGACCUUACGUUGGAUGCUUGGUUCAGUAUUUACCUCUCCUUUGGAAACAAAGUGAAGAGCACAAUAUGUUGAGGUGUGCUAUCCUUACUACCCUAAUACAUCUUGUCCAGGGCUUAGGAGCAGAUAGCAAGAAUCUUUAUCCUUUCCUGCUUCCGGUUAUUCAGCUAAGCACUGAUGUUUCCCAGCCCCCUCAUGUGUAUCUUCUAGAAGACGGACUAGAAUUGUGGCUAGUAACAUUAGAGAAUAGCCCUUGCCUUACCCCAGAGUUGCUGCGAAUUUUUCAGAACAUGUCUGCUCUUCUUGAACUAAGUUCAGAAAACCUCAGAACCUGCUUUAAGAUCAUCAAUGGCUAUAUCUUUCUAUCUCCAUCUGAAUUUCUUCAGGUCUAUGCAGUGGAACUUUGCAAAUCGUUUUGUGAGGUCUUAAAAGAUAUAAACAUGGAUGGUCAAGUUCAAGUUCUGAAGGUGGUAGAAAAUGUCCUUAAAGUCAAUCCAGUGUUGGGCCCUGAAAUGUUUCAACCUCUUUUGCCGUCUGUGUUUCAGGGAAUUAUAAAUGGGGAGAGGUACCCAGUUGUAAUGUCUACUUACUUGGGAGUCAUUGGUAGAGUCUUGUUGCAAAAUAAAAGUUUUUUCUCAUUGCUUCUGAACCAGAUGGCAUGUGAGUCUGGCCAGGAGCCUCACCAGCUCCUUGGUCACAUGAUUGAAAUGUGGGUUGACCGCAUGGACAAUAUAACUCAGCCAGAGAGGAGAAAACUUUCAGCUUUGGCAUUACUUUCCCUUCUGCCAUCGGAUAAUAGUGUUAUCCAAGACAAAUUUUGCGGCAUCAUAAACAUUUCCGUAGAAGGGCUUCACGAUGUCAUGACUGAAGACACGGAAACAAGAACUUUCAAAGAUUGCAUGCUGAUGUCUCUUUCUGAAGAGCCCAAACUGACGGAAGAAGACGAGCCUCCCACAGAGCAAGACAAAAGGAAAAGGAUGCUUGCACUGAAGGAUCCAGUACACUCUGUGUCGCUGCAGCAAUUUGUAUAUGAGAAGCUAAAGGCACAACAGGAAUUGCUGGGAGAACAAGGCUUUCAGGCGCUCAUGGAAACUGUGGAUACAGAAAUAGUCACACAACUCCAAGACUUCUUACAAGGCUUCUGAAAAAGCAGAGACAAAAUUUUCUACUUCUCUUUUCUUCACUUCAACAUUAUAAGGGCAAACUAGGCAGCCUUACAUCUAACUGCAAACCCCACCUUUUAAGAGAGAUUUUCUUUUUUGCAGCUACGGAAAAAGAGGCUAUGGCGUUGGAUUUCUUCUUUUUUCCAAUUAAGACAAGAUUGAAAUAAUAAAUAUAAACUCUCUUCUAAUUAGUUUUACAUGCUUGCUUCACGAAAAUGCAAUUUGCAUAUCGAGUAAAGGUUUCCGCACGCGAGAGGAUAUAAAAGCAGGUGUUUAAUUUACUGUUUGUAGAAUGGCUGUGGCUUUGAUCUUUCAAUCAUGUGCUCCUAACACUUAAGAAAUAGUGGCUACAGGAUAUGAGCUCUAUUAGACUGCCUUAUACUUUUGUUUACGAUUCAACUUGUAAUUAAUUGUAAGGUUUUAAGAGUGGAGGGAAGGAAUGUGAGGUGAGCAAGUCCUCAACUGAGUCUUCAAUUUAAAUAGUAUAAAUAGUGGCAAGUAUUCUAAGGGUUUCCUCUAUGGGGAGUUGGACGUCUUUUGCAAAAAAAGAAAACCAAUAAGGUCAUCCAAAUGUUUUGAAUUUACUAUGUUGAUAAGUAUGUUGAUAACCUGUAGAAUGUAAAGGUUUAAUAAAUUUGCUUUUGUCUUA